AGAGAGAUAGAGCCUUCAGGCUCUGCAGAGGAAACCCGUGUAGUCACCUGGGCGAGCAUUGCUGUUUCAUGUUCUCUCCGUGCAAGGAGAGCGGCACUUGCCCGCUUAAAUGUGGUUGGACUUAGGGGGGCUGCGCAACAGCGGCGACCCGCUCGUGGUAGAGGAGGUGGACGUAGCAACAGGUAGAAGAGACUGAGACCCCUGCGCAGGAAAGAGGCAGGUGUGUAAGGACUGCAGUGGUCCUGCCGUUGCUGCUCCGCGUUGCGUGGUGUUCACUUUGAGAAGGGAGAAGGAGCUGCGUAAUCCGGAGGCACAGUCAGUAUGUUAUGGAGACCAAAGGAUACCACAGUUUUCCAGAAGGCCUAGAUAUGGAACGACGUUGGGGUCCAGUUUCUCAGUCUGCAGAACAUUCUUCUUUGGGGUCUGGAGAGAGGACUGAUCAGAAUAACUAUAUGGAGAUUAUAAAUGUAAGCUGUGUUUCCGGUGCUAUUCCAAACAACAGUACUCAAGGAAACAGCAAAGAAAAACAUGAACUAAUCCCUUGCCUUCAGCAAGACAGUAAUCAGUCUGGGAUUUUAACAUCUGAUAUUAAAACAGAGUUGGAAUCUAAGGAACUGUCAGCAACUGUAGCUGAAUCUAUGGGUUUAUACAUGGACUCAAUAAGAGAUGCUGAUUAUGCCUAUGAUCAGCAGAAUCAGCAAGGAAGAAGCAUAAGUCCAGCAAAAAUUUAUCAAAAUGUUGAACAGCUGGUAAAAUUUUAUAAAGAAAAUGGCCAUCACCCUUCUACUUUAAACAGUGUGAACAGGUCCUUGAGAUCAUUUAUAUCUGACUCUGGAAAUUCUGUGAAUGGUAGUAUCAUGCGCUCUAUUGUUAAAAGCCCCAUAAUGUGUCAUGAGAAAGGUCCUUCUGUUUGUAGUCCUCUGAACAUGACUUCUUCAGUUUGCAGUCCUGCUGGAAUCAACUCAGUGUCCUCAACUACAGCCAACUUUGGCAGUUUCACAGUGCACAGUCCGAUUACCCAGGGAACUCCUUUGCCAUGUUCCCCAAAUGUUGAAAAUCGAAGCUCUGUGUCGCACAGCCCUGCACAUGCUAGCAAUGUAGGUUCUCCUCUGUCUAGUCCAAUAAGUAGCAUGAAAUCCCCUAUUUCAAGCCCUCCUAGCCACUGUAGUGUAAAAUCUCCUGUCUCUAGUCCUAAUAAUGUCACUAUGCGCUCCUCUGUGUCCAGUCCUGCAAAUAUCAACAACUCAAGGUGCUCCAUUUCCAGCCCUUCCAAUACAAAUAACAGGUCUACUCUUUCUAGUCCAGCUGCUAGCACUGUGGGAUCUUCUAUCUGCAGCCCAGGAAACAAUGCCUUCAGCUUUGCUGCUUCUGCCACAUCGGUUGGAUCCAGUACAACCCAGGAUGUUGUUCCUAGUCCAGAAACGAAUGAGAGAGGUGCUCAAGAAGUGACAUUUCCUAAAACAGAGGAAAUAGAAAAUUCCAUCUCGAAUAGUGGCGUGGCUAGUCAGCUUAACAUCAUACAGUAUAUAAAAUCUGAACCAGAUGGAGCUUUUAGUAGCUCAUGUCUUGGAGCAAAUAGCAAAGUCAGUUCUGAUUCCCAAUUCUCAGUACCAGUAAAACAAGAGUCAGCCAAGCAUUCAUGCUCAGGUACUUCUUUUAAAGGGAAUCAAACAGUAAAUCCAUUUCCAUUUAUGGAUGGUUCAUAUUUUUCCUUCAUGGAUGAUAAAGACUAUUAUUCUCUAUCUGGAAUUUUAGGACCACCUGUUUCAUCAUUUGAUGGCAGUUGUGAAGGUAGUGGAUUUCCAAAUCCAGGUCUGCCUAUGGGAAUUAAACAAGAGCUUGAUGAUGGUAGCUAUUACCAAGAGAACAGCCUGCCUCCAUCUGCCAUCGUUGGUGUAAAUUCAGGUGGACAGUCUUUUCACUACAGGAUUGGAGCUCAAGGCACGAUAUCAUUAUCAAGACCUCUUGGAAGAGACCAGUCUUUUUCACAUUUGAGCUCAUUUCCUCCAGUCAAUACAUUAGUUGAGUCUUGGAAAUCACACAGUGACUUGUCAUCCAGAAGAAAUGAUGGGUAUCCAGUUCUAGAAUACAUUCCAGAAAAUGUGUCAAGUUCUUCUUUACGAAGUGUCUCUACUACAUCUUCAAGACCUUCUAAAAUAUGUUUGGUGUGUGGGGACGAAGCUUCAGGAUGUCAUUAUGGGGUGGUGACCUGUGGCAGCUGCAAAGUUUUCUUCAAAAGAGCAGUGGAAGGUAAAUGUUCCUGGCAACACAAUUACUUAUGUGCUGGAAGAAAUGAUUGUAUUAUUGACAAAAUCCGAAGGAAGAAUUGUCCUGCCUGCAGACUUCAGAAAUGUCUACAAGCUGGAAUGAAUUUGGGUGCUCGAAAGUCAAAGAAAUUGGGAAAAUUGAAAGGGAUGCAUGAAGACCAGCAGCCUCCACAGCAGGCUCCACCACCACCUCCCCAGAGCCCAGAGGAGGGGACAACGUAUAUUGCACCAGUAAAAGAGCCCUCUGUUAAUACAGCCCUUGUUCCUCAGCUCUCCACAAUAUCAAGAGCACUGACACCUUCACCUUCUAUGGUCCUUGAAAGCAUUGAACCGGAAAUUGUAUAUGCAGGUUAUGAUGGCUCCAAACCAGAUACGGCGGAGAACUUACUCUCUACCUUAAACCGCCUGGCUGGCAAGCAGAUGAUUCAAGUAGUAAAGUGGGCAAAGGUACUACCAGGAUUUAAAAACUUGCCUCUUGAGGACCAAAUUACCCUAAUCCAGUAUUCUUGGAUGUGUCUAUCAUCAUUUGCCUUGAGCUGGAGAUCUUACAAACAUACGAACAGCCAAUUUCUCUAUUUUGCUCCAGAUCUAGUCUUUAACGAAGAGAAGAUGCGUCAGUCUGCCAUGUAUGAAUUGUGCCAAGGGAUGCACCAGAUCAGCCUUCAGUUUGUUCGUCUACAGCUUACUUUUGAAGAGUAUACCAUAAUGAAGGUGUUGCUGCUCCUAAGCACAAUUCCCAAGGAUGGCCUCAAAAGCCAAGUUGCAUUUGAAGAAAUGAGGACAAAUUACAUCAAAGAGUUGCGAAAAAUGGUAACAAAAUGUCCAAGUAACUCUGGGCAAAGCUGGCAAAGAUUCUAUCAGCUGACUAAGCUACUGGAUUCCAUGCAUGAUCUGGUGAGUGACUUGUUGGAAUUCUGCUUCUAUACCUUCCGAGAGUCACAGGCCCUGAAAGUGGAGUUCCCAGCCAUGCUGGUGGAGAUCAUCAGUGACCAGCUACCAAAGGUGGAGUCGGGGAAUGCCAAGCCCUUGUAUUUCCACAGGAAGUGACGGAAAAUGUCUUAAUGGAAGAACUUUGCCUUAAGUUUCCCCGUGUUAUUCCACACCCACGAAGGACCCGAGAAAUCACAUUUUUAACAUGCGAUGAUUCACAGUUUUUCAAGUUUAAAAUCACGUCAAGGGUUUGGGGACUGGAAAGCAGUUCGACAUGGAUUUGGCAAGAACCAGAUGAUUUAAGAGCUCUUCUCCUUACCCUUAGUGCUUAGAAAAUGAUCCCGUUCCUCUGGAUGAAAAGCCAUAUCUAGUCAAUAACUCUUUGAUUUUGAUAUUUUAACAGAUGGAAGUUUUAAAUAUGCCAUGUAGUUUCUGGUAUUGUUUGCUUGUUGUAAAAGGGUUCAAGGACUAAUGAACUUUUUAAAGCUUACCCUUGGUUUGCACAUAAAACGUACAGUCAAAUAUGGGGCAUUAAUAUUCUUUUCUUAUUUAAAAAAAAAAACAAAAAAGAAAAAAUAUAUACAGACUCCUCUUGUGUAAUAAUGGAACAUUUGGUGUGGAAUAAUGGCCUCCCCACCUGGAGCAUUUGUUCUCCCAUGUUAUCCUCCAUCACUAGUGGACGCACCCUUCAGUGUCCAUUUAUUAUUUAAUUAAAUGGAUAAGAUGUUAAAACAAAUGCCUCAGUUUCAAUUUAUAUUAUCUAUUGU